AUGGAGAAUCAAAAGACAGAAACAUGGAUUGAAAAAGCAAAACCAUUGAUAGCUGUAUUGUUUUUGCAAUUAGGAUAUGCAGUUAUGGAUGUUUUAUCAAAAGCUGCAUUGAAUAAAGGAAUGAGCAACUAUGUUUUUGUUGUCUAUCGUCAUGUUGUGGCAUUCAUUGUCAUUAUCCCUUUUGCACUCUAUUUUGAAAAGAAAGUGAGGCCGAAAAUGACAAUUUCGAUCUUCAUAAAAGUAUUGGUGCUCAGCUUGCUAGAGCCAGUUAUUGAUCAAAACUUGUAUUUUUUGGGAAUGAAAUACACAACAGCAACCUUUGCAGCUGCCAUGACCAAUAUGCUUCCUGCUUUUACUUUUAUAUUGGCUGCCAUUCUCAGACUUGAGAAGCUAAAGAUAAAAAGUAUACGAACUCAGGCAAAGGUGUUGGGUACUAUAACAACCGUCGCAGGUGCCAUGAUGAUGACACUUGUUAAAGGCCCAAUACUUUUAGAGGCAUUUGGAAACAAAAGUCACCACCAUGAUAGUGUUGCUAUAUCUACUCAACAUGCAAUUGCUGGAGGAGUCUUUAUCUCAAUAGGAUGCAUUAGUUGGGCUUGUUUUUUUAAUCUUCAAGCUAUUACCCUACAAACAUACCCUGCACCACUUUCUCUUUCCUCAUGGAUAUGUCUCAUGGGCACAAUUGAAGGUGCAGCAGUGGCUUCUGUUAUGGAAUGGGGUCAUCCAUCAGUUUGGUCCAUAAAAUGGGAUAUGAGAUUGUUGUCUAUUGUUUACACAGGUCUAUUCUGCUCAGGCCUGAGUUAUUAUUUAGGCGGAGUCGUGAUGAAAACCAGAGGUCCGGUUUUUGUCACGACAUUUAGUCCCUUAAGUAUGGUGAUCGUUGCAAUCUUUGGAUAUUUUCUUCUCGCGGAACAAAUGUUUCUUGGAAGGGCAAUAGGUGCAUUUAUCAUUUGUUUGGGAUUAUACCUUGUUGUGUGGGGGAAAAGCAAAGAUUACGAGAACUCGUCGGAAUCCAUUGUUGAAGAGGCUGUUGAAUCACCUAAGCAAACUGCUGGUGAAAAUUGCACUCAUGAAGUCAUCAUUAUUCGUUAA